ACAAAUAAACCUUUCAUCCUGCGAACAACAAGAAGACCUCCAAUGAGUAGUAAAUUUGAAGGACUUGUAUUAGGAGGAUUAGCUGGUGGUUUUGCUGCAUAUCUUACCACCCCCUUGGAUGUCAUCAAAACAAGAAUGCAAGUACAGGGAUCAACUGUAAGGUACAAGGGCUGGUUGGACGCAGUUCAUAGGAUCUCCAUGAUCGAAGGUGCCAAAGGAAUGUUCAGAGUAAGCAUACCCAGGAUUACUUGGUAUAUUCCGGCCUCCGCCCUCACCUUCAUGGCUGUUGAGUUCCUCAGAGACCAUUUUAACCAAAAAUUAGAUAAUUAUUUUACUGAAGAAGCUGCAAGUUUGUCCAUAGAGAAAAAACAAUCUAUACGAGAAGUGGCAUAGGAUAAAUCUCAAUAUUGACCCAAAUUGUAUAUCUUCUCAGGAACCAAAUUAAUCAACUAAGAGAACAUUAAUUAAUCCAUUUAA